GCAGCUUUCUUAGUACGUAUUGAAGACUUAUUCCAUGGAUUCUCAGUUUUCACAGGUUUCCAGUUUUUUCACACAAGACUCAGAGCAUGAAAAUGCUGAUGAGGUCUGUCAAGUGGCUAACAAAAGGCCACCAAGAGGUCCCGGCUUCAACGUGGAGGAGGAUAAACUUCUUAUAAGUGCUUGGUUGAAUACUAGUAUGGAUUCAAUACAAGGCAAUGAUCAAAAGCUGCAUACUUUUAGGGGGAAAAUUACAGAGUACUAUCAUCAAUACAAGUCCUUUGACAGUGAUCGUUCACAACCGAUGUUGACACAAUGGUGGGGAAAAAUAAAAAAGGUGGUGAACAAAUUUUCAGGAUGUUUUGCAGCUAUAAAUGAAAGACAUGAAAGUGGGAAGACUGAACAAGACAAGAUUGCAGAUGCAAAGAAGAUGUUUGAAGCACAAGAAAAGAUUCGGUUCAAUCUUGAUCAUGCUUGGAUUUUGUUAAGGCACCAACCAAAGUGGAUACAACUAAUGCAAGAGCUGGACAUCAAGAAAAGUAAGCCAAGAUCUAAAUCUUCUAUAACUAAUAUCUCAUCAUCUUCAACUACAAGCACUCACAUAGAUAUAGAAGAAGGCACGAACACUUGCUUUCCAAUGUCUAGACCACCGGGUAAGAAGGCUGAGAAAAGAAAGCUGAAAGAAACCACUGAUCAAUUGGUGCAAAUACAAAAAUUACAUCAAGAGAAAAAAGAAAGAGAUGAAAAAAACUGGAGAUUAUGAAGGAGAAAGUUGAAGUUGACAAGGAGAAACUGCGAGUUAGGAAACUUGAGGCUGAGAAUAGGAAAUUUGAGGCUGAGAUGAAAAUUAUGUCUAUGGAUACAUCAACUAUGAAUCCUGAGCAGAGGGCAUAUUAUUCCAAACUUCAGAUGAAAAUUCUCCAAGGUGAUAUAUGAAGUGUGAGGUUGUUGGUUUCCAUUUUAGUUUGUAUCAGUUUGAGCAACUUCCAGUGAUCAUGUAUUUGACUGCUUGCAAACUCUUUCAAGUUGUCAUUGUUUUCUGCUAUUUGACUGCACGUUUUCCAGUUUGUGUUUCUGUUUUCAAUCCAUUUCAGUUUGUAUCAUGAUGUUGGUUUCAUGUGAUGUUGUAUUUGAGUGCUAUCAAAAUCAAGCUGAUUCUGUUUGCUGCUAUUUAACUGCUAGUUUUCAAGCAGUUUCCAGUUUCUGUUUCUGUUUCU